AUGUUGAUCGCUUUGUUGGUAUUCAACGGUGCCGCGACCGGGGUUUGCUUGCUCUCAGUUGGAGCAUACCGAGUGGCGCUUUUGACAAGCGACAAUUUUGAUUCACAUGAAAUGGUGCCGAGAAAGCAAUGCGUGUUGACUGUUAUUUUCGUAGCGUUACUUUUCUUCAAUUUGAUGAAUGGUAUUGGUCUAUUGAUGCUGAAUUUGGAUCGUGCGGCCGCGUUUGUGAUACCAAUUUUCUAUUUUCAUAAUCACAAUCGCAUUAUGCUUUUGCUGAUGUUCAUUUGUGUCGCCUUGUCCGGCGCAUUAAUCACGGCUGCUGUCAUAGUUACGCUCACAGCAAGUGAACAGUAUGUGACAAGAACAUGCAGGCAAUUCGAUACAAUAAAUUUCCCGUUCUAUGUGGCAAUUAUAGCAGUUCGAUCGAUAUCGGGCACACUUGCGGUUUGUGUGAUGUUGACUAUUGUUGUGGUCAUGUUCAUGAGACGUGCAAAAGUGUUUAACACACAAGCGCAUGGCGCUGACCAACUUCAUUCGUUCCGUGAAAGACAACGUAAACUUACCUAUACUACAAUUAUCUCAUGCAUAAUUACCCUCUUUCUGUUCGUGAUUCCAUCGUUAAUUCAACUGUGUUUGUGCUUCGGGAACGUCGAUCUACUGCGAGUGGUAUCGCCGUAUACGAUGUCGUUGACGUUUUUGAAUUGCACGAAUGAGGCGCUGGUAUUCAUGAUACGACAAGAGGCGAUUCGACGAAGUGUUUGCGACUUUAUCACACAGCAAACGCCAACAUUCCUACGUGAACGAAUUCUCUCGAUUGUGAGCGCGUACAGUUCAUCCGAGCCACGAAUGAUGAUCUUCCAUACUUUUAGCCAGAAGAAGACAUCAUCCACUGGUAUCAAACAUUGA